AUGCACAACCUCCAAUAUGCCAAGAAGCUGAGGACUUCUCAUUUCACUUUGGCUUCCGAGCACGAUGACACUCUGGUCUGGAUCAGCGGCACAAUCCACAGAACAGAAGUGGCCCUCGAGGAAUACCAGAAGAAUGUCCCCAAGGAAGACGUCAAAAACGCAACUCUGCGCGCGCUCGUACGAAAGAUGCAGGAUCAGAAAAAGUGGGAAGAAUGGGGUAAGGCUCUUGGAGCCAGCCAUUCUUCUCUCAUGGCCACGAUCAAUGUCAUGCACCACAUGAAGCCGAGAAACGCGGCGGAGGUGGGCAAGGAAAAGAAAGAUCCGACACGGGCUUGUAGCAUGCCUCUCAGAAGCUUGAAGCCCAAAACGAAUGAGCUCCCAUGA